AUGGCAAAUGAUAGCAACAAAGGCACCAUGGUUACCACAAUGAAUGGACUCGGUAACCUCGUGAAGCUCCUCCCAACCGGCACAGUCUUCACCUUCGAGUUCCUAAACCCGGUUCUCUCCAACAAUGGUCAUUGUCGCCCCUUCGAAAAAUAUGUCACCUCCUUCCUCAUCCUCGUUUGUGGCCUCUCGUGUUUUUUCACCACCUUUAGCGACUCCUACACAAGCAACGACGGUAAAACGCGCUACGGUUUUGCUACCUUCAAAGGCAUUUGGCCUUCGCCAUCCUCAGAAGAUUCGAUCAAUAUGAACAAGUAUAAGAUCAAACUUGGUGACUUCGCACACGCCACGUUGGCGUUGAUGGUGUUUGCGGUUUUGGCUCUAUUGGAUUCAAACACCUUGGGGUGCUUCUAUCCCGGGUUUGAGUCCGAUGGGAAGAAGCUCCUCAUGUUGCUACCUCCGGUCAUUGGAGCAUUUUCAGGGUUAGUUUUCGCAUUUUUUCCUAGUGAACGUCAUUGCGUAGGGUACCCCUUUAUCAUGGUGUCUUUGGAUGAUAACAAUAAUAAUAACAACCCCUAA